AUGUCCAUCGACUCGGCAUAUCCGGACAAUCAUGUGGAUGAAUCGUUCCUCAAUCUCCUACUCCUCAACGCCGAGCCCGUGUCGUACUCGUACGCCGAGGCGGUCGAAGGCACACUGGUACUGACGCAGAGGCUGGUCAUUGUGGCCGUCUUUGUCGUCGCUUUUCUGCUCACGCUUGAUGAGACCAUGAGCGUGAACACGCUCAUCAUCAUCAACGUGGCCACGCUGGUGGGUGGCUACGGGGUGUUUGUGGCGCUCACGCCGUCGUUGGCAUCGGGCAGGUGGCGCAGCAUGGUCCGCCACAAUGCCAAGACGCUAGCGAUUGUGUAUCUUACCCUUCUGAUUGUCUCGCCGGUCCUGAAGACGCUGACUGACUCGUUCUCCAACGACACAAUCUGGGCGCUGUCGACGCUCUUUAUGCUCCUGCACAUCCUCACAGCCCACUACGAGCGGUCGGCCAAUGCGCUUCCAUCUGUCCAGCAGACGCCGUUUUCGUUCAACGCCGCCAUUUUCGCCUCUGUCCUCCUUGUCUCGCGGCUCCCGUCGGCCAUCCACGUCUUUGCGCUCAUCUCGUUUGCCAUCGAGAUAUUUGCGCUCGCGCCGCUCUUCAACCAUCGACUCCACUCGUACUCGCUGCGGGCCUCGAUUGCGGUGACCGUGAGCCAGGCGUGCGGAGUGACCGGACUCCUUGCCUCAACAUACUCGAUGUUUCUCGGCGUAGCCUUUGGCCUCUCGCUCCUCUUCAUCACCUUUGUGGCCCCAGCCGGACUCCUCCUCAUCCGGCGGUACAAGAACACCAUCAACGGCCCGUGGGACGAGGCGCGGCCAUCAUUGGGCACCUGA